GCCGCCAACAGGCGGCCAUAUCGUUUGUUCCCACUCGCCGUUUCUCAUGGCUCUGGCAUUGAGAGCGUUGAGGCCCGUGAGGCCGCGCCUAGCCGUAGGCUGGCCGCGAGUGGCGCGGCGCUGCUUCAGCGACGACGACGACCCGGUGCCCAAUCACACCAAGGUUAGCCCGCGGUACUUCGACUUCAAGGCUUUCCGGAAAUCGUUGAAGGAGAAGAAGGAGAGUCUGUCCGAGGCGGAACUUAGAGAGGUCCGCCGGGAGUACGCGCUUCCGCCGCCGCAAGGCUGGACGGUGCUGAGCUUCCUGGAGCGUAUGAAGUUCGGGGAUGGCGCGGAGGACGUGGCCAACCUCUUCGAGAACUGGAAGGAUUUCAUCUCCAUGUCUCCGAAGGAUAUCAUGCGAAUUCCGGACAUCGCAGCGGACCAAAGAAGGAAGCUGGACCGAUAUAUCACCCUCUUCAAUCAUGGCCUGUGGCCUCGCGUCUCCGAAGACGAGUUCCAAGAGCGCUUCGGCGGUGCCCGUUUAGAGAACGAGGGCAAGCCCUGGACGCCUGAGGAGGAUGAGCGGCUGUUGCAGCUGGCCAGGCCCGGGGAGGAGGGGGGCUACGACGUGAACUUCGGGGACCCCUGGAUCUACUUGUCCUGGGAGCUGCAGCGCCGCGAGGAGGAUGUGCGGCAGCGGUACGUGGAGCUGGCCGUGAAGCCGCGGGAGCGAGCCACGCGCCACGAGUUCGCCAUCACCAAGGCAGCCAGACCGUUGAACAUGAGCAGGAGGUUCCGGAUGAUCCCGGCAGACCUCUACAUCGUCCCCUCCGAGGAGAACUUCCCAUUGGCCCAGCGCACCUUUCGGCUACCGGCCGCGUUCACGAAGUACCGCAAGGAAGAUAUCUUCUGAAAAUGGUGCGAACAAACGCGCAGCAGG